AUGAAGGUCAUUGCCGUCCUCCUCCUCCUCUCCUGCUCCCCCACCCACAGCAGCUUCUGGCAGUUUCAGAGGAUGGUCAAACACAUCACGGGGCGGAGUGCCUUCUUCUCAUAUUACGGAUAUGGCUGCUACUGUGGGCUUGGGGGCAAAGGGGUCCCCGUGGAUGACACUGACAGAUGCUGCCAGGCACAUGACUGUUGCUACGAGAAGCUGAAGGAGUCCAGCUGCCAGCCUGUGUUGAACGGCUACCAGUUCCACAUCAUCAAUGGCACAGUGGUGUGUGGAUGCACCCUUGGUCCUGGUGCCGGCUGCCACUGCGGGCUGAAGGCCUGUGAAUGUGACAAGCGAUCCGUGCACUGCUUCAAAGAGAGCCUGCCUACCUAUGAGAAAAACUUCAAGCAGUUCUCCAGCCGGCCCAGGUGUGGCAGACAUAAGCCCCGGUGCUAGGGGCACCACAGGGUCCUUCUCGUCAUGCAGCAUCUGCUCUAGUGUUGCUCUUCCGGAAAGCCUUCUCAGAUCAUCCCCGACAGGCCCCUG